CCCUAAUGCGCAUGCGUGCUGGAAGCUCCGCCCUCGACGUGGACGUCACUACGCUGGUUUGAAUCCCGGCGGCUGGUGGGUUCGGACAGAGGGCUCCAGCAGGAGCUGGCGAAGGCGAUGCUCCAGGAGAAGAAGAGCUUCAAGAUUAGCAUUCAUCUUGCUACAUCCCUCCCCUUACCUUCAGAGGGGGAUCAUCUUCGGCCCAGAAUAGAUCUGAUUGUGUUUAUGAUUGACGUCAAGACCAAAUACAGCUUGAAGAAUGUCGAAGCUUCCUUAGCUCAUGUGGCUGCCAGCUUCUUCCUGGGAAAAGUAUGCUUUCUUGUCACUGGGGUUGGCAGGGUGAAUUACUGCAGUGUAGAAAUGAGUUCCAUCUGGAAACUGGGAGAAGUCUACUGCAGUCCUGUGCUAUACUGUGAGCUGGAGUUGGAAAGGACACGAGUUGCCACUGCUCAGCGACUUCUCCGGAUGUUACAGAUCUGUGCUGGUCAUGUACCAGGAGUUUCUGCCUUGACCUUCAACUUUAUGUUGAGGAACUCUUACUAGCUUCACAUUGUGAUAAUUGAGCCACAUUCAUCAGGAUUUUUACUUCAGGCAUUCAAGCUGCUUCAGUUGGCAUCACACUGGGAAGCUUUUUUGUCUAAUUUGUCACGACCACUCAUCCAGAGCUGUUCCUAGUUGCUAAUCUCUCAAGAAAAGCUUGAUUUCUGUUCAGCUGGUAAUGUAGAGGUGCUGGCAGGGAGAGGAGUUUGAACUGGAGACUCCUAUCCAUUAUUACAUCUCAGUCCCAUUUCAUGGUCAAAUUUGAGUUUCGCCCACUUCCCCAGUGCCCGGGAGCUAUGUGUUUUACUGAGAGAAUAUCAGAAGAACACACUACUAUCCCAAAUGCCUCAUAUCACGUUGGGUAUCUUAGUUUCCCAAAGUACUAGAGAAGAGGCAGCAGAUUCCUGCUUCCUUCCAGUUGAAAUAUAGUACCUUGGACUAACAUGAAACCUGGCUGCUAGGUUUUGUCUCCCCACCAAGAGAAUAAUGGGGAAGAAGGGUUGUACUUCAGCGGGCAGUUAGUGAUCCAGGUGUGUGAGUGUCUGCCCAGUGAAGGGCUCAGUAUUCCAUGGCUGAUACCUAACUGGGGAGGAAGGGACCAAAUACGAUAAUUGAGCAUUUUAGCUUUCUUAUAGAUCUGUAAAGAAAAGGGCUUCAUCUAGCAAAUCAAGGAUAGCAAGCAACCCUAUUUUAUUAGGCCGAGAAUAACCAUAUUCUCACUGCAAUUCAGUAGUUUAUUACGGAGCUGUAAGUUAAUAAAAUGUGUACUAUUUAAUAACUAGCUGUAUGCUCUUUGUUCCGGUAUGGCACUGGCUCUGAAGACCUAUGAGCACUUGCCCAGGUUUGCCCUGGCAGGGAGGCAGGUCCUUGCUCACAGCUUGAACUUUCAGUUAGUUGGUGGGCUGCAGUGACGGCUUCAGCCACGGGGUGGUGGCAAAAGCUUUCCAAAUACAAAUCUUCCUGUAUAUCCACUUGAGCCACCUUCUGGAAUACAAUGUUUCUUGAAACGCUGGGAUGUUUCUUACCCAGAAAUGCGUGCCAGGUAGAAAUGAAGCCCAGAGAGAAUGUGUUAAGCUCCCUCCUGGUUUAAUUUAUUCCCCAGUAGUGUGCUUUAAUGUAGGUAGGUGCAGAGCUUUAGCUGUGUGUACUAUUUCGCUUAGCUUGUUUCUGACAUCUGUCCGUGAGCAGGAAAAAGCAGAAAGCAGCACUGCAGGCUUAAUCAGCUGUGAGUGUUGGCAGUCCUUGUAAAGACAGCUCAGCAAGGCACAAAGCCUGUAUCCUUGCUCAGAGGACACACAAAUCCCAGAUCCAGUUUCAUUGUUGCUGGCAGGGGAGGGCUAGGUUGUUUACCAGCUGAAACAAAAGGAGCUGAACCAUUCAGCUGUGUUAUGGUGCCCAAAAGGGUUGGACUGGCUAAAACCCAAAGGAGAAAGAAAUAUGCAAACUCUCCUGGCUGUGUAAGAAGGAUAGGAAGCUUAAUGGGCAUGCCCUACUUUCAGCUAGCUUUGUGAUUCUGAAGGUACCAGCCAGGACUUGGCCACCAGAGAGAGGCAGUCAUGCUGAGAAACAAGUUUCUCUGUUGGUUAUGCUGUCUCAGCCUUGCUCUCGCUUUGGGUCCCUGAAAAUAAAUGAGACCAUGGUUUAGAACAGACUGGUUUCGAUCUGCUCUCAUUGUGCAGGUGCAAUCUGGGGGAGGGAAGGAAGGGCUACGGCAUGAAAUGAGCCAGUCUCUGCAGCUGCUGUAAGGUAAGGAGACUCUUCAGUCUCCUAAGUUGCUCCCUGGUUGCCUCUUAAUCACUAUUGGACUGGGGUAAAAUCCCUUUGGCCUCAAGAGUAAUUUUGCUAUGCUUUCUUGACUGGUGAAAACGAAACUUUCUUUGGUUCACCCGGUCUGCUUCGUAGCAACCCAUACGUGCUACUGUCCAUUCCUAUGUCUUCAAACAUGAGGUUGGGCUUUUUUCUACCACUGUGUUUCAGAUGUGGUAUUUCUUUCUUUCCACUACUUUCAAAGAAGAAAGAUUUUGUUUGUACCGCUUCCUACAGGUGGCCUAUCCCAGCUGGUACAAAAUAAAAUCUAGUUCCUUAAGAGCAGCAUCUCACUUCACCUUGAGGCAAAUAUUUUUCAUGCUCUUAGGAAAAAGUCUUCACUAGAAGUGGCAGGGGAAGUGGUGCAUAUCUAAGAAUCUGACACAAUGCCUCAGGUCCAUCAUGUUUUACAACUAAAAGUAGUUGGGACACAUCUAAAGCUACAGCUUCAGCUAAGUAAAUACGUCUAGGAACUGUCAGCUAUUAGUUUAGACAGGCUGUAACACUGCCCCUGCCAGAGAGGACAAGGCAUCUGAGGAUAUCUUUCAUCUGGAUGGAGUAGCCAGGGCUAACUUUUGAUAAAGGCCUUGUGAAAGUAGUACUUCGAUUGGGAUCAGAGCUAUGAAGGGCCUGAAGCUGAACUAGGACUAGCGACUGUCAUAUUUAAACAUUAGGAAAAAGCUUGCCAAGGUGGCUGUAAUCUAAACAGAGAUAUUCUGGAGUUACUUGCUUUCUCUUUUGCUCUGUUGCCUCAGCUCCCUCACCCUGGGAAGAUUUUCAAAGAGAAAUCCCCCUUUCUGUGGCAAGAACACCCAUGAGCGUUCCUGGU